AUGAUACGAUUUCUUCUCACCGCUCUGUGCGUGGCUAACUCGUUCGACUCAGCCGACUUGGCAUUCAUUCCGCUGACAAAGAAGUUUUUGGACAAGCUGAAAAACGAAACACUUUACAACAAGUUCGCCACUCCAACCCAAUAUGACGAUGUUCCGACAAAUGUCACACUUUCAAUGUUUAUCGAAGGAAUGAGUUCCUUCAGCGCUCAAACUAUGGACUAUCAUCUUGAUGUGUAUUUCCAAGAAGAAUGGUAUGAUCAUAGACUUGCUCACAAUGCAUCAGCUCCUAUUCUUGUCCGAGACUUGGAAGUUUUCAAGAUGAUGUGGCACCCGGAUGUUUAUUUCGCAAAUGCAAGAUCGGCGGCUUUCCAGGACAUCACGGACGACAAUUUUCUUGUAUGGGUCUAUCCAAAUGGACGUGUUUGGUAUGACGCGAGAAUCUCAAUUGUCAGCUCCUGCAACAUGGAUCUUUGGAAGUAUCCACUGGAUUCUCAGGAAUGCGCACUUCGGAUACUGUCAUAUGCAUAUCCAAUGACAGUUCUUCGUCUUCUCUGGUCAGAAAAAGAAGAUGUUCCUGCAAUUGACCGUAAUCCGGAUAUCACGAUGCCGGAUAUGUCAUUAAAACAUAUUCGAACAGGAUAUUGUAACGGAACUUAUGCAACUGGGGAAUGGAGUUGCAUGACGGCAAUAUUUUAUGUGGAAAGGGAAAUGAUGCAUCAUGUCAUGCAGACUUAUGUCCCAACUGCUCUAAUAGUUGUUAUCUCCUGGUUCAAUUUCUGGCUGGAAAUAGAUUCAGCACCAGCAAGGGUAUCUUUGAGUAUCACCACUCUUCUCACUAUUUCUACUCAAGCUAAUGCGGUUAAACUUGCUCUACCGGAAGUGAGCUACAUGAAAGCUAUCGAUGUUUGGAUGGGAUCAUGCAUGGCGUUCGUGUUCGGAGUCAUGAUAGAGUUUACAAUUUGCCAUUAUGCCAAAAAUUUGGAGAUGCUUCGUGGAGACGGACAACCAUCUCUCAUUGUGGAUACUGCACUGUCAACGCUGUUUGGAGCAGCUCGCGACAUUGACGAUUUGGUGCGAAAAGUGGCCACGCUUAAUGAAGAAGAGGGAGUUCGCGGAGAUGGAGAACAGCAUAUUGCAUUAAAUAUGCUAAAUCCCGAAGAGCCCCGGCUCCGCUCGUUGAACCAAAACAACGACGUUACGGCAAACGGAACCAGAUACUUUGUGGGGGCCGAACGAAUGAAACGCAAACGGUCGAAAGCAUCACUGUCCCGACUUCGUCAGCAGGUAGCAAGCAUGCGUCACGCAACUGUUGAUGUUUCUCGACGUGCUUUCAACUGGACUCGUGCCCUCCGAAAUCUUCGUGGUCGCCGUGUUGCCCAAAGAAUUGACGAACGGUGUCGAAUCGUGUUCCCAAUGAUUUUCUUCCUGUUCAACGUCGCCUACUGGAGCUUCUACCUUGUCUUCAACUAA